AUGGCUUCUCCGUCUUACACAGGGCUUUCCGAGCCCUUUGCCAUUCUGACACCCAGACUUAUCGUUAUUCCUACGCCAAUCGCAGUAGAUGUGGCGCCCUAUCGGGAGAUGUACGCUGCAUUGCACGCAGAUGCUGGAUUUUGCCGCAUGGGCUUCGGCGAGCGCUUUCCCGUCAAGAACUGGAAUGACGAUGAAACGCGCGACGUGAUUGAGACGCGCGAUAUUGGGCGUUCGUGGCGGAGACGUGGCCUUGGGGAUUUCGCCGUGGCGCUUCGUCCACAACCCGGAUCUGGAACCCAGCAAGAUUCUAGCUCUACUGUGUCAAUGCUGCGAGGGGAGGAGUUUGAAAAGUUUGUGGGUCCAAACGGCGCACGGCUGAAUGAGCUUCAAUGGGUGGGAUACUCGGGAAUUCGCGAUGCAACAACGACGUCGCUUCCACCACAAGAAGCUGGAGAGGAGCCCUAUCCAGACUGGCUGGAGAUGGUUGAAAUUAGAUACGGAGUUUCCCCGGCAUUUUGGGGAAAGGGCAUUGCCCCAGAAGCAUCGAAUGCGGUCGUGCAAUGGGCGAUGCGUGAGAAGGGAGUGACGAGAUUCAUCGCGGAGACAGAACGGGAUAAUCAACGGAGUGGCCGGCUUCUCCAAAAGCUCGGAUUCGUUCACAGCGGGACGAACUAUUGGAAAGAGCGUUGUGGUGGAUAUUUUGCUUGCCCUGCUUCACGAUAUGAGGCUCAAUCAGUCGUCACUCUGCUCGAUACCAAGAUCCACAUCCCUAUCAUCUCAGACCUUCUCAACAAGGUCGGUGUCCUCGAUAUCUCCUUCUUGGACUUGCUCUGCUGGAUUGCCGCUGUCAAAUUCACAGUUGUCUACAAGCUGAUCGAACAAGUCCCACCAUUCCCUACCAAUGACUACUCCGUACAAGCCACCAUCUCAGCGAACAACUGGGACGAACUGCAAGAAAUAUUCGGCCAAUCCGACUGGUCUCUCAAGCCAAAACUUCCCACGGCAAUUCAGAAGCCCUUCUUUGAAGUUUGUCACGGAACAGCCGGUUCCUCAGCCUGA